AUGCUUUCAACAUCUCUACUAUUCCUGUUCGUAUCGAACGCCAUCGCUAAUUUCGUUGACCCGCGAGACCAUCCGGUCAUUCGACAACACCAAGCCUUGCAGGACUGCCUCCACGCAAAAGCUGUCCCUACUACUCUCAAUUCCUCCUCAGAUUGGACUUCUCUCACCACAGCAUACAACCUCCGUCUCCAGUACACCCCAGCGGCAGUGACAAUACCAGAAACUCCGCAGCAAGUUUCCGAUUCAAUAACAUGCGCAGCUGCAGCUGGCAUCAAAGUUCAGCCCCGGUCUGGAGGACAUUCGUACGGGAGCUACUCUCUCGGCGGCAAAAAUGGUAGCCUGACAAUCGAUCUACAAAAGUUUAACGAAAUAUCUCUGGAUAAAGGUACUGGUAUCGUUCGAGCAGGAGGCGGCGUGCGUCUCGGAAACCUCGGACUGGGUGUAUACAAGCAAGGUCAGGCCGCACUGCCUCACGGUACAUUCCCGGGCGUUGGCAUCGGAGGGCACUAUACGCAUGGAGGCUUCGGAUACUCUUCUCGUCGCUGGGGGCUUGCACUCGACACGAUCGUGGCAAUGGACGUCGUACUGGCCGUUGGAACUCAACUUCACGUCACACGCACUACCCAUCCCGAACUCUACUACGCUCUGCGUGGAGCUGCAGAUAGCAUCGGUAUCGUGACUACCUUCUAUCUGCAGACCCAGCCCGCUCCGGCACAGAUUGUCAGCUACUCCGUGAACUUCACUUCCGCGCUGAAGUCUUCGUCUUCCGUCGCCGAUAUCCUUCUCCAAUUGCAGAAGUUCGCCCAAUCUUCUCCUCUCAUGGACCGUAAUAUUACACUUGAGAUCUACAUGAACAUAUUCGGCACCUUCGAAGUCCGAGGCUGGUACUUUGGCGACCGCACACACUUCUCCAGCGCCGUACUUCCCGCCAUGCUUGAGGGUUUGCCGAAGGCCGACAACACAACGAUCGCGACCAGAAGCUGGCUCGAUGCGCUGCAGGACAUCGCAGAAGGCGAACCUCUUGUUGAGCCUUUGACUGGCUACAACAACCACCAGACCUUCUACACAAAGUCCGUUGUUACGAGAGAGGCAAAGCCACUUACACGGCGCGCACUGGAGAGCUUUGCUGGGUAUGUCAUUAGUAAGGGAUUGAGCGCAGAGUCCCCGUGGGAGACGUAUAUCUCGCUGUAUGGCGGGAGGGAUAGCCAGAUCAAUGUUCCAUCGCCUGAUAGUGCGGCGUAUUCGCAUCGUGAUUCGCUUUGGGUCUUUCAGAAUAUCGGUUCCUCGGCCAAUAUGCUUCCGCCUUUUGAGUCUGGCAUCAAAGCGUUCGUGCAAGGACUCAAUACCGCUUUGACAGACGCACAGCCCGAUGGCGACUUUUUGGCGUACCCGAAUUACCUGGAUCCAGAGCUGACACCAGCUGAGGCGCAUCAGUUGUACUAUGGUGCUGCGACUUAUGAAAAGCUAAGUGUGAUUAAGGAAGCGGUAGAUCCAAAUAAGGUAUUUUGGAAUCCACAGGCGAUUGGGAACUAG